UAUCCACUUCUGCCGUCUUUGAAUAUUUAACAUUCUUGUUAAAACUCGACUGCUUUUAAACACUCCGCUACAUCUUGAGCGCGCAAGUUAGUAUCCAUAAGAUUGAAUUUUCGAGGAGUCGUAUAGUUUCGGACGUAUCGAUUUGAAAAUACCCCAUUUGAAAUGUAUACCAAUAACGCGAAAAACAAAAUUCGCGACCGUUUUCAAGAAAUCAGAGACAAGAUCGACGUUGCAGAUGAUAGAGCAGACAACGCUUUGGAUGUGCUCAAAGAGGCGAAAAGAAAGGCAGAUGAGCUCGAAUUGGACCGCGACUCAUGCAAGAGGAAAAUUGAACUUGCCAAAGCAACUUUGGCGGAGAGGAACAACGAGCUGAAGAAAAAGCUCAAAAAGCUGGAAGACCUUGAGGAUAAAGACAAGGUCGAAAGCGAACUUGUAAAGACCCUUGAAAAUAUUGAACUGGAUGGGGACGAGAAGUUAAACAGCUUGGAGAAGCAGUUACAGAAGAUUAGCAACAUCGCUGACAAAAAGGAAUCGGAGAACAAAGAAUCAACGCUACGCCUGGAACAGUUGGAGAGUGAACUUGAAAAGGUGUACAGAAGAGAAGGUGACGCUUUGGAGAAAGCUGAAAAACUGCAAGAAUGUAUUCAGCUAGCAAGGAGCCAAAUGGACGGACUUAAGGAAAGGGAAGAGGGAGCUUACGAAAGGGAAGACGAAAGCGAAAAAAAGCUGACCUUCCUCACACAAGAACUGCACACCAAAGCCUCAGAAGCGGAGGAAAAAGAGCGACAAGUCAAUAAUUUAACACUCUACCGAGACAGAAUUAAAGCCGAGAUUCAGGAAGAGAGGAAAAAGAUCCAAAAGACACAAGCCGAGAUAGACAGUCUUGAUGACUUAACAGACGAUUUCUGAUGAUAUUCAUAAAAAAAUCGCACAACAAGGGUAUAUGUAUGCUGCAAAGUCAGAUUUAGACUCAGAGAAAAUUUAAAUUAAUGCACUUUAGAUGCUGAAGUUACCAGUCGAAGUGAGGAUUACUUAUUCAGAGUAAUCUCACUUCCCAAAGAGUGAUGCUUUCAGAGAAAAAACGCGGAUUGUGUUGAAAUAUUCCGGAAAAGUCCGGGACAUGUAGAGUAUACUACAUAAAAUGCCUUUCAUUUUUUAAGCCUGCUGUCCAGACAGUAAACAUAGCAGUAGGCUCAAGAAGCAAAAUGUCAUGUUACUGGAGAGCUGUUCCUAAUAUAAUGGUAAACAUUUUGAUAAAAAACCGUGCUUGCGUGGAAAUAUUUUUU